UGAAAAAACAGGUGCUAUCAAGAUGGGUAUGGUUAUGGGCUUCGGUAUCGGUUCUCUUUCAAAUGCAACUCUUUAUGCUAUUGCGCCACAACUAGAUGGAGGUUUAACAUUAAUAGCGACCAUUGUUACGGGUGGAGUUCUUGGAUGGUAUUAUGGGGGCAAAUUAAGUUCGAGAUUGAAUGAAGAGGCAAUGUUAAAAGAAAAUGAGUUUAAAAAAUUAAAGAAAAGUACUGACUAUAUUGAGAAUGUGAUGAAAGAUGUGAAAUUUUUUGAUGAUAAAGUUGGACUUUUCGAAACUUUUUGGGCAAGACAAAUGGAUCAUAUUUCUGUUACGCAGCAAUUUAUUAACAAUGCAAAGAAAGGAACUGUGGAAAUAAAUAAUUUUAAUGUGCAAUCUUUAUUGGCGUCCUGGAAUCAUGCAAAAAUCGCUCUCGCAAAUUAUCAAGCUAAUGUAAAG